UUUUAACUCAACAUGUCUUCCAGCAGCACCACAAAAAUCUUCUCAACACCUGCCAUCAACGCAUAACAUAUUUAUCAGCUUUAUAUUUAGUUUUUGUUUUGCUCUUAAAAUGUCACAAAGUUGCUGGUAUUUUGGGCAAAUCACAAUGUGUGAAGUGGAAACGGGACAAACAAAUAUAUACUGGAUAUUGAGGAGAGUAGGGGUGAUUACAUUGGCCAACAAACAAAUCCGCCUGAAUUACCCAUAUUUGGUGAUCCCUUUACGGAAAUUGCCUUAGAUCUAGUCUUUCCUAAGGGUAAUCCUAUAUUUCUAUUAAAUGGCAAAAAACUACAGCUGCUGCAACCACUGGAUAGAGAUGAAGAAAAUUUAAGUCAUAUUGUUUUUCAAGUUUCCUGCACCAUACGUUCCUCUCUUAAACGCCGCAAUAUACCGAUUAUAGUGCGCGUGUCUGAUGUUAAUGAUAAUGCACCUCGAUUCAUGAACACACCUUAUGAGGUUACCGUGCCUGAGAGUACACCAGUGGGUACAACAAUAUUUCGUAAUAUACAGGCGCUGGAUAAGGAUGCCGGUGUUAAUGGCCUGGUCGAGUACUUUAUUGUUGAGGGUUCUACAAAUACUACAGAAGAUGAAAAGAUGACAAUUGCUGAUGGUUAUGGCACGUUUGCCAUAUCAUUUCCCCAUCAAGGCCAGGUUACUGUUGCUAAAACAUUGGAUUACGAGAAAAUACAACGUUACUAUUUGACAAUUGUCGCAUCGGAUCGAGCACGAAAUGUUUCAGAACGUUUAUCAUCCACCACCACCCUAACGGUCAACAUAGCCGAUUCAGAUGAUUUAGAUCCCUCGUUUAUAUAUCGUGGCUGUGUACUGCUCGAUGGAGCCUGCAUAAAUCCAGAAUAUACUGCCUCAGUACCGGCAGGUUCCCUACAAGGUGUACUCACCGUAACACCCGAAAGAAUACAAGCUGUAGAUUUGGAUACAAUAAGCUCACCCAUACGUUAUUCAUUUGCCAGUGGUAUGCCGGGAAACUAUGCAGAUUAUUUUGAAAUCGAUGAACAAACAGGAGUGCUAAAACAAAUUAAAGCGGUAGAUACCUCCACAGCGAAAAAGUACGAUAUUAUAGUUAAAGCCGAAGAAGUGUCCACUGCAAAACGAUUUACCACCGCUAAAUUAACCAUCAAUGUUAAACCAGUAGAUGCCAAUCCACCAGUAAUAUCGGCCAGUUCGGUGGUGGGUUAUGUAGAUGAAAAUUCUCCAUUGGGUACACGGGUAUUAGAUGAGAAUGGUAAACCUAUAUCUUUCAAGACCACAGAUGCUGACUUAACCGAAGAUGAUCCUAAGCCAGAUUAUAUUUAUGAGUUAACGACACCCUCCUUCGAGGUAACAGCCGAUGGUAUUUUAGUGGUAAAUGAAGAAGGUUUAGAUCGUGAUCCUCCUGCUCCUGGAAAAUACAAAUUCCAAGUGGUGGCCCGAGAACCUAAAACCAAUGCUGCUAGUGCUCCUUUAAGUUUAACGGUUAUAUUAAAGGAUGUUAAUGACAAUGCUCCCAAAUUGUCUAUGGUUCCACCAGUGUCCAUUACAGCAGGAGAUGGCAUACGUAAAGUAGCGAAUGUAACAGCCACCGAUAAUGAUGAGGGCGCCAAUGCUGUGAUAACUUAUUCUAUUUAUCAUGUUUCCAAUAAUGGCAUGCAAAAGUUUUAUAUCGAUGAACAGACGGGAGAAAUUGAAACUCGUGGACGUCUUUUGGCUGGGGAACAAUAUAGUAUUACGGUACAGGCUUCAGAUAUCGGAGGACUUUCUUCGCAGGCUAUUGUGGAGGUAACAGUUACUCCAGGACCUAAUACAAAACCACCAAAGUUUGUUAAGCCUGUUUAUGAGGUGCAAGUUAGUGAGGGAGCUGAAAUUAACUCUACUGUUACUGUGGUGCAUGCUGAAGAUCCCGAAAAUGAUCCUGUGAUAUAUUCCAUUAUAUCGGGUAAUGAUUUAAGACAAUUUGCCGUAGGCCAAGAAUCGGGUGUUAUAGCUGUGAUACGUAAACUGGAUCGUGAAAGUUUAACGCGCUAUCAGUUAAUUGUUAAGGCUGAAGAUAAUGGCGGUCUAUCCAGCACCGCUACAGUUAAUAUCAAGGUCACCGAUAUCAACGAUAAGAAUCCGGAAUUCGAUGAAUCCACUUUGCCUUAUGUAUUCCAUGUUGAUGAGGGUAAAGCUCAAGCUUUUGUGGGCAUUGUUCAUGCCACCGAUGCGGAUGAGGGCAUAAAUGCUGAAAUUACCUAUUCCAUACCCAAUGAUAUACCUUUUGCUAUUAAUGGCUCCUCGGGAGAAAUACGUACCUCCGCAGCUUUGGAUUAUGAAAAACAAAAUGAAUAUCGUUUUGUAGUCACUGCCAAGGAUGGUGCUCCUGAUGCUCGUUUGGGUACAGCUAGUGUGACGGUUUUGGUCAAAGAUCUCCCCGAUGAAGUGCCUAAAUUCAGCGAUUCCCGCAUAGAUGUACGCAUACCUGAAAAUGAACCAGAUGUUACGGUGGCGACGGUACAGGCCUUUGAUCCUGAUACUAUGCCAGAAAUAACUUAUGUGAUACGCAAAGGAGCUACCGAUCUUUUUAAGGUUAACCCUCAAACUGGAGAAAUUAGAACGACCAAGGGUUUGGAUUAUGAAAAACAAAAGGUUCAUGAACUGAUUGUGGGUACCAUAGAGAAUGAUGGCAACGCAGCCGGGGAUACCAUUAAAGUUGUGGUAGAGGUGGAAGAUCGCAAUGAUGUACGUCCGGUAUUUGUAUCGGUACCCGAAACUGUAACAGUUAAUGAUGAUCAGCCUAUAGGAGCCAUGAUAGCCACCAUGCCAGCAAUAGAUGGUGAUGGUUCUUCUCCUGGAAAUGUGGUACGCUACGAAAUGGUGGGUAGAGGUAAAGCUUUGAAAUAUUUCCAAGUUGAUCCCGAUACUGGUGCCAUACGUAUACGUGAUGAAUUGCGCAAGGAAGAAGACACCGAAUAUCAGGUGGACAUUAGAGCCUAUGAUAUGGGAGAACCUCAAUUGAGUUCUGUAGCCACUUUGCCGGUAUUUGUUAGACAUUUACUAACCGAUCCCAAUGAGGACAACAUGAUGGAGGGUCGUCUAGAUAAUGGUGUAAUAAUGUCCCCCGAAAGUUUAGGUUUGGCCUUUAGUGAUGACAGUUAUACUACGGGAGUGCCGGAAACCACUGGCAUUAAUGCCACCAUUAAACUGAUACAAGUUAUUAACUCCAAAAAAUCGGUUAAAUCAAAUCCUGGAUUUAAAUGUGAAAUCAUUAAAGGCAAUGAUUUGGGUUUGUUUAAUGUUACCCAAGAGGAUCAUGGUUGUGGCAUCAAGUUAAUCAAACAUUUGGAUUUUGAAAAUAAAACUGCCCAUUCUUUGGAUUUGAAAUUGGUCUCACAUAAAUAUUUUAUUAACCCACAAAAAAGCAGCACCACGGUUAAGAUUAUAGUGCAAGAUGAAAAUGAUAAUGCUCCCGAAUUUAUAUACAAUAGGGCCCGAGGACGUAAAGAUACUUUCUAUGCAGUAGUUACCCCUGAAAUGGAUAUAGAUACACCCAUAUUACAGGUGCGAGCCACCGAUAGGGAUUCGGGUAAAUUUGGCAUGAUACGCUAUAAGAUAUACGAUGAGGAAGACAAUAGUAUAAGCACUGAGAAUUUGCCCACCAGUUAUUUCGUUAUGACCGAGGAAACAGGCAUUUUACGCACUGCCAAAUCAUUCCGUGAGCAAACUCAUUUCCCCAUGAUUUUCUAUGUAGAGGCUCGUGACAAUGAUGGUCAAGAAAUGGGUUCUCAUCGUACCCGAGCACGCAUUGUUAUCAAUCAAAUUACCGAUUUAAAUCGCCUUUCCCUGGUCUUUUCCGAUGCUACACCCAAUGAAUUGCGCAAUCAAUAUGCCGCCUUAGAGGAAUUAUUUUCCGAAAAGACAGGCGGUUUAAUCACGGGCAUAGAACGUUUUAGUAAUCGUAAAUUCUUAAAUGAAAAUGGUACUAUAUUGGAAAAUCCCUCUGCCACCGAUGUUUGGUUUUAUCUUAUUGAUCCGAAAACGGAAACUAUUCUACAGCGUAAUUCUUCCAUUGUUCAAGAAACCCUAUUGGAACCUACCGCCCGAGCUGAAUUAAAUUUUGCUGCCUCCGGAGUGGCCAGGGCCACGGCGGAGGGUAUUUAUCCGCCCAUUGAGUUAAAACAAGUGGUACAUAGCAAGGUUUUGCCUAUAGCUAUUAAUGAUGAAGUUUUCCCUUAUACUUUGAUAGCGAUUUCCAUUAUUAUAUUGAUUUUGGGUACAAUUGGUAUUAUCUAUAUUUGCAUAUCUUGGUCAAAGUACAAAAACUUUAAACAACGUAUGCGUCAAUAUUCCACCCCCAGUCCGACACGUUAUGAUCCCGUCAUAGUUAACUCUCAAGCCUCUAAUGGUGGCGAUACUGUAGCCAAUCUAAAAGAGUAUGAAACUCAAGUUUUAGCCAUGGCAGUGCCACCAGAUGGUGAUGAUGAACUACAAAUCGAUUUCAGUGCCAAAAAUCAUGCUUUCUCGCUGGACAAUGUGAGUUAUAUAACUCACAAGGAACACAAUGGCAGCUCGAGUGGGGGACAAACUAGUCCUUCGCAUUCAGAAGCUACCACUGCCACCAUAGCCACGUUACGCAGAAAUAACAAUAAUAAUUUAAAUAAUAUGUCGGCCAAUAAUAACAUUAACAAUCAUACCAUGAACAAUAGACAAAAUACUUUUAAUCGUACAUUGGAAAUGAAUGUACGCAAUAAUGCUAAUCCUUUGGCGGCCAAUGGUACACUGCCGGGUACUUUAACACUGGGUCGUAUUAAACAUCAAAAUUCUAAUCAUUAUCAGAAUGGUGGCUAUAAAUUGGAUACAGUGAGUCGUAAUAAUUUGGCAAAUGCACAAAAUAAUGCCUAUAGUACUUUGGGACGAAGGGGCAAUACUUUUGGUAAUAAUAAUACGAAUGCCAACAAUGGCGGUGAAAUGGGGGGUAAUGGGGAGCUAAUGACAAAUACUUUGGGUAGGAAUCAUCAGCAUAAUAUACAGCGGGGAUAUAAUGAAGUGCCAAUAACAAAUCCAUUAUUUCAAAGAUCUAAUGGUGAUUUAAGUCAUAUAAGUCCUUCAAAUGAAAAUGUCACCUUCGGUAAACGUGAUUAUGGUCAAAUGGGUUUUUCCUAUUUAAAUGAUUUAGAUCGCUCAGAAGUCGAAACUACAACCGAAUUAUGAAAAAUUUCGAAUAUAAAACGAACUUAAAAAACAAAACAAAUCCCUCAACAAGCCAAAAUACUUUUUUAAAAAUAUUUUAGUUAAUUUGUAAAAAAAUAAUAAAAAAAAAUAAAUGCAAUAUUUUUAAAAAUAUCUUUAAUAUAAAAAAAAUAAAAAAUAAAAUAAACUGCAAUUUUGUUGCCAUUAAGUUAACAUUUAAAAUAAUUAUGUACAUAUGUAUGUAUGGAAAGAAAAACAGCGAACAAAUAAAUAAAUAAUUAAGACUUUUUUGUAAAUAUAAAUUUAAAAAAAAAAAACUAAAAACAAUAAUAAAAAAAUUAUUUAUAAAAUAGUCAUUAUAUAUUAAGAUGUGAUUUAUUAUAAAACGACUAUAAAACUUCCAUAAAUUUAUUGCAUAUUCUUAAAUAUAAUAUACAUAUAUUUUAAUUAUUAAUUAAGUGUAAAUGUUUUUUUUUUAUUAAUUAAGUAGUUAGUUUAUUA